GCAAAUAGCAAAUUUCGUUUACCAUUCAGACGAGCCCUUGAUCCAGAUUUGGUGUCAUUCAUCAAAACUCGCCGAGAUUUAACAAAUGACGCCAACGGUGAUAUUUGUGCUGAUGGGCCCAUUUUUCUCUUGGAUUCGACAGGUCUAGUUCUCUCUUUGGGUAAGUAGAUAAACGAAUAAACGAAAAGAACGGGAAAGAGGAAAAGAAUGAAAGUGGUAUCAAGAAGUGUCCGAUGUUGCACACAAUCCAGACAUACUCUGCAUAACUAUGCAGCUCUUAAACCCCUCAACAGAGGCUUAUCGCAACUCCCACAACAAGACCCAGAACUCAAAGAUUUAUUAUCGUAUCUCGACAAUCGUAAAAACUAUGAAAAACUUGGGGUUCCCACAGGCGCUGGAACUGACUCAGAUGAUGGGUUUGAUCUUGGAAGGAUGACAAGCUUGAUGCAAUUUCUGGGUAACCCUCAUUCUAAAUUUCAGGCUAUUCAUGUUGCUGGGACCAAAGGAAAAGGAUCCACUGCUGCAUUUCUCUCCAACAUUUUGAGGGCUCAAGGUUACUCUGUUGGCUGCUAUACUAGUCCACAUAUACACUCAAUUAGGGAAAGGAUAUCUGUUGGAAAAAUAAGUGAGCCAGUAUCAGCUAGAUCUUUAAAUCUCCUUUUCCAGAGGAGCAAAAUGAUGUUGGACCAGGCAAUUGAAAAAGAAGAUAAGCGCAUUAGUCAUUUCGAGGUGCUCACUGCUAUGGCAUUCAAGUUAUUUGCUGAUGAGAACAUUGAUAUUGCUGUGGUAGAGGCGGGCCUCGGUGGGGCACGAGAUGCAACAAAUAUACUCUCAAGUUCUACCCUUGCUGCAUCAGUCAUUACAACAAUUGGUGAAGAACAUAUGGCUGCACUUGGGGGCUCUUUGGAGAGUAUUGCAAUAGCAAAAUCAGGAAUAGUAAAAACAAAUCGUCCAUUGGUGCUUGGGGGACCAUAUCUACCAGAGAUUGAGAGCAUUCUUCGUGCCAAAGCAUCCUCAAUGGGUUCACCUGUAGUAUCAGCAUCUGAUUCUGGAAAUAAAAGUGUAAUUAAAGGUGUAGGUGAUGUAUGUGGAAAACCUUGCCAAACUUGUGACAUAGUGCUCGAAAUUGAGAGCGACUUGAAACUGUGUACGCAAUUGCUAAAUGUGAAUUUGCGGAUGCUUGGACCUCAUCAACUUCAAAAUGCUGCAACCGCUACUUGUGCAGCACUUUGCCUUCGCCAUCAAGGAUGGAGUAUUGCAGAUGAAGCUAUCCGUACUGGUUUAGAGCAUACAGAGUUGUUGGGUAGAAGUCAUUUUUUGUCAUCUGAAGAAGCUGAAGCAAUAGGACUUCCAGGAACUAAAAUUCUGCUUGAUGGAGCACAUACCAAGGAGUCUGCCAAGGCCUUGGCUGACACAAUUCGGAUGACAUUCCCAAAAGCCCGCUUGGUUCUUGUAGUUGCAAUGGCGAGUGACAAAGAUCACAUAUCUUUUGCUAAAGAAUUACUUCAAGUGAGACAAUUAGAGGCUGUAGUUUUAACAAAAGUUAGCAUUGCUGGGGAUAAUUAUCGUUCAACUCCUUCAUCCUUGUUAAGGGAUAGUUGGAUCCUGGCAUCAAAAGAUGUAGGUAUUGAAAUUUGCGAUUAUGGAAUUGCUACUACAAAGAAACAAGAACAUAGGACAGUUGCACUUGUUGAGAGUUCAGAUGAAGAUACCUUGGGGAUGGUAAAUCAAAUUCUUAGAACAAGAGGAAGGGAUCAGGCAGACAAUAUUGUUGUGGUUACAGGAUCUUUGCAUAUUGUUUCAUCUGUUUUGGGCAAUCUUCAAAGAUAAGAUUUGUUCUCCAAAAUGUGGAGUACUGCUUUCAGAGUUGCUCCUUUGAUAUGGAAACAGAUACUGUCUUCAUUAGAUGAUAUCUUUUGUAUUAUCUACUUUUUCGUCACUUGUAAUGAUUUGUUUAACUUUGAGAGUUUAAUGAUGUAGAGUGAUGAUAUCUAUAAUCUUUGCUUCUCUUUUGCUAAUUGGUUUACUCUGCUAUUUGUUCUUUUUAUUUUAUACAUAUGAGAAAUCUAUCUAUAUUAAGAAAACUACUAAAGAAGUUAAGUGGUAGACUUUAUAGUACUCCAAAAUUAUAGACACAUUAUUCAUAAUGUCUUCUCAAUUCUUGGGUUUAAGUAAUGUCACACGUGAUGUACACUACUUGUAACUAGGACAAUGGGCUGGUUUUUCUGGUUGCUGUUGGUAUUAACUCUGAGUUUCACCUUUAGGAUUUGACUGCCAAUCAAAAGGUUAAUCAGGUUUCUUGAUCAAUCUUUGAAGCUAUAUUAUGGUUUAUAACAAAUUACAGAGUCUAAUAGUUUAUCUUUAUGCUUAUUUGCAGUCAAGGACAUUAUGAGGGUGCCACAGUUCCAAGUAUGAGCACAUGAUUGCACCAAUCAUAUCUCAACUACUGAAGGAAUAGAUGCUUAGAUUGUUAAGAGUGGUGUAAGGCUCCAAGACCAUUCAGCUGCUGGGAAAGAUCUAGCUUGGUGUCCCUUUCAGGCGAAUUUGCUUGCGCCCAAAGUAGGUGGGAAUUUGCUUGACACUGGGUCCGGGUCUGUUCACUUCUGGGGAGUGAUAUUGAUUGUGAGCUGCUUAGUUCACCUGGUGUUACCCACAAUAAGUUUACUCUUUGACAGUACGAAUUAAUGGUCAAGAUUGCAGAACUUACUGGCCAUACACCCUGGGUGCUUUUCGCCUGUCAGAGCCCACGUAGAUGCACUGUUGGGCAUCUGCAGCAGAAAAUGAAAAACUGAGAUUUUGGAAUGUUAUUGGAACUCCUAAAGCAUCAAUUCCGACACCUAUAGUAGCAAUAGAGCCAUUUGCUCAGUGGACUCGCAUCCGAUGAACCAUUUCUUUUUUUAAAAGUUUAUCUAGAAGGUACUCUCAAACCCAUCAUGAACCCCCGCCCCCCCAAAUCUGUACAUGCAUCUAUACAUACAAGAUUAUAUAUCUAUAUUUAUCAUAUACAAGAAUGUUCUUGUUUGCUAUACAUGGCUUGUGACUUUAAAGAAAUUGGAAUGAACAAAUUCAGGUACUUAUGACUUUUGAAGGUUUUUACAGAGCUUCAGACUCAUUUGGUGAGGUGAUGAGGUUUUGGCUAAAUUUAUAAUUGAAUUGGGGAAGAGAUGUGAGCAUGGUGAUGAGUUUUAUCCAGAAUCAAAAUUAUUCUGUUUGUACUUUUGUUGAACUUCAUGCUAUUUUGCCCCCAAAAUCCAGGUAAGGAGGUUGUGAAAGAUGGGGAAGGAAGUAGAGGUAUAUCAAGUUUUGUGGCUUCGAAUAGUGUGAUAUUAAGGAGAGAGUUAGGAAUGUUGCGUUGGAGACAAUGCAGAGAUGGCAUGGGAUACUGAGAAAAUAUUGUGGAACCAAUAUUGUGGAAAGAUGAGGAAUACUAUAUAUGUCAUUGAUCUUGAGUAAGUAAAGCAAGGUGUCUACAAACCCUAUGCAGGGGCUUCAUUCACUGGUUACAACUCCUAUCUCACAAGCAUCAGCUAAGCAGUAAGUUGGACAUGUAUGCCUUACAGGGCUUAGAUAAGGUCACCGCUUCUAGACUGCCUUCUACAAUGAGUUGAAAUCUUUGGGAGGCUCUAACAUAGUAUUAAUUUGCUUUACAGUGAGACAAUUAGAGGCCGUAGUUCUGGCAGACGUUAGCGUUGCUGGGGAUAAUUCUUUUUUAACUCCAUAGUCCAUCCUUGUUAAGGGAUAGCUGGAUCCUGGCUUCAAAGUGUAGGUGUUGAAAUUUAUGAUUUUGGGCUUGCUAAAUUUAGCUCUGUGUCCGAAAAUUCAAAUGAUUUUUAAUACAAAGAGAGGAGAACAUAGUACAAUUGCACUUGUUGAGAGUUCAUAUGAAGAUCAAAAGAUACCCUGGUUCAUGACCCCAAUGCUCAGAACAGAAGGACAAUCAGGCAGAUCAUACUGUGUCUGUUAUUAGGAUCUUUGCAUAUUGUUCUAUUUGUUUCGGGCUCUCUUCAUGUCAAGUCCUGCUGUGGGAGCUUGUUCCUGUGAUUUGUUUACCAGUCUAGGUUGUGAUUUAUAACGAAUAAAACCAUUCUCCUUCUGUAAUUGUCCUUAAAUCAAACAAGCAGUACAACAGGAACAAUUUGCAAUAGAAUUCUGAAACUGAUGCAACUACAUAUAUCAUCUCAUUUUUCACAGAGGAGCAAGCAGAGAUUGCUGUAACAAAGCAGUCCAACACUUUACUCACAUCUUGGUGCAGCCAUCAUAAUGCUGCAGUCAUAUAAUGAAGCUGAUUGUAGUACACUAUCUUGGUGCAACCAUCGUAAUACUGCAGUUGUUUGAUGAAGCUGACUGGGUUUCACCUUGUGAAGUAUCGCUUGCAUGUCGUCUUCUCUGCGUGAAAAAUCCAGGAUGCUGGGGUUUGGGCAAUGCAGUGUUACUAUUCAGCAUCAGAACAACAGUUGACAUGUCUGGUCUGUCUUCUGGAUACUCUUGGACGCUAAGCAGUCCAAUCUGGAUAACUCGAAACACUUCAUGGUCACUGCACUCCACAAUUUCCCCAUCCACCAGUUCCUCGAGCUUCUGUUCAUGAAAACAUCUCCAUGCCUAUACAAUGUGAGUUCAGAGCUUACAAUUAGUUAUGCUUCUAAUAUAUAUCUGAAAGAUCCUCUGUUAAAUUAAGUUUUAUGCACUUACAUGUCCCAGGAGGUUAAGAUUGUGAUCCGGAUGUUCAAAACAUCUGUUUUUCUUCCCGGUUACUAUUUCUAGUACUAGGACACCGAAGCUAUAAACAUCAGAUUUAAUUGAGAAUAUGCCGUCAAUCACAUAUUCUGGGGGCAUGUAACCACUGUCAGACAGAGAAAGAACAUGUUAGUUUAUGAGUGAAGACUAGAAACUAUCUGCAAUAUUGUACAAAUCAUACUAUGUUCCGACAACUCUUGUUGUGUUCGCUUCUGUUUGGCUUCCUCCAAAGCUUCUUGCCAUGCCAAAGUCUGAAAUUUUUGGAUUCAUCUCAUCGUCAAGUAAAACGUUGCUAGCUUUAAGAUCUCUGUGAAUAAUUCUCAGCUUGGAGUCUUGAUGAAGAUACAAAAGUCCCCUGGCAACUCCAUUUAUAAUGUCAUAGAGUUUUCGCCAAUCUGCCAGCUUGCUUUUCUCUUUAUC